AAAUCUGCUCCACAUUCCCGUGCUCGACUAAUUGUUUGAAUAUUCGCGCUUUCACGGCGGUGUCGAUAAGCAUUGUCGGUGACGUCGAAGAGAAAGAACCCCGGCGGCCGCUGUUUCUGCGUUACACCGUCCCCGCCGAUGCUGACACGCACUCCUCCGCCGGGCGGCGAAGCACACGGGCUUGACUGACACAUGCUGCGGUAUUCUCCCCGCUGUGUGGCCGUGGAUUAGCUGUAUGCUAAUAUCGACAAGGAGAGCGGAGCCAGCGGAGUCUGAAAGGGCUCCUUUGCAGCCAUGGCUGAAGGCGGAGAAGGAGAGGAUGAGAUCCAAUUCCUCAGAACUGAUGAUGAAGUGGUUCUCCAGUGCGUGGCCUGCAUCCAGAAAGAGAAUCGAAAGUUCUGCCUGGCUGCUGAAGGGCUGGGCAACCGCCUAUGUUACCUGGAGCCCACAUCUGAGGCGAAGUACGUGCCCCCAGACCUGUGCAUCUGCACCUUUGUGCUGGAGCAGUCUCUGUCUGUGCGUGCUCUACAGGAAAUGCUCGCUAAAAGCGGACAGAACGGCGAAGGGGCACGUGGCCCGGAUCGAUGGAGGCUCAUAAGAAAGGCGGCGCACAGCGGCGGACACAAGACUCUGCUUUAUGGACACGCCAUCCUCUUGCGGCAUACCUUCAGCUCUAUGUACUUGGCCUGUUUGAAGACAUCAAGGUCCCAGACAGAUAAGCUCUCCUUUGAUGUCGGCCUUCAGGAGGAUUCAACAGGGGAAGCUUGCUGGUGGACGAUCCAUCCUGCUUCAAAGCAGAGAUCAGAAGGAGAGAAAGUACGCAUCGGCGAUGAUCUCAUUCUUGUCAGCGUGUCCUCAGAGCGAUAUCUUCAUUUAUCCAUCUCCAAUGGCAACAUCCAGGUGGACGCUUCCUUCAUGCAGACUCUGUGGAACGUCCACCCCGUCUGUUCUGGCAGCAACAUAGAAGAAGGCUACCUGUUGGGUGGCCAUGUGAUGCGGCUAUUCCACGGUCAUGACGAGGUGGUGAGCAUCCCAGGAUCAGACCAGAGCGAAGAGCAGCAGAGGAUAGUCAACUAUGAGACGGGUAAAGCGGGUGCCAAGGCGAGGUCCUUGUGGAGGCUGGAACCACUACGAAUCAGUUGGAGUGGAAGCCACAUCCGUUGGGGACAGCCUUUUCGACUACGUCACCUGACCACGGGUCACUACCUAGCCUUGACUGAGGACAGGGGGCUGGUGCUGCAGGACCGGGAGAGGUCGGACACCAUCUCCACGGCUUUCUGCUUUAGAGCAUCAAAGGAGAAGCUGGAGCAGAGCCCCAAGCGGGACAUCGAGGGUAUGGGGGUGGCAGAAAUUAAAUAUGGAGACUCGCUUUGCUUCAUCAUGCACAUAGCCACAGGUCUGUGGCUCUCCUACCAGGCGCCGGAUGUCAAAUCUACUCGGCUGGGUCCUCUUAAGAGAAGAGCUUGUCUUCAUUCUGAGGGCCACAUGGAUGACGGGUUAACCCUGCAGCGCUGUCAACACGAGGAGUCUCGGGCCGCGAGAAUCAUCCGCAACACAACGCUGCUCUUUAACCGAUUCAUCAGAGACCUUGACUGCCUGAGCAUAAAAAACAGGACCCUUGUAGCCUUGCCUGUUGAGGAGGUGCUCCAAACACUCAAUGACCUCAUCACCUAUUUCCAACUCCCUGAUGUUGAGCUGGAGCACGAGGAGAGGCAGAUAAAGCUUCGUUCACUCAAGAACAGACAGAACCUCUUCAAACAGGAAGGCAUGCUAACCCUUGUCUCCAACUGCAUCGACCGGCUAAACGUCUACAACAGUGCAGCCCAUUUUGGGGAGUGUGCAGGGUCAGAGGCUGGAGCAGCCUGGAAAGACAUUCUCAACUUGCUUUAUGAGCUGCUGGCUGCAUUAAUCAGAGGAAACCGGAACAACUGCACUCAGUUUUCAAACAAUUUGGACUGGCUGGUGAGCAAGCUGGAAAGACUAGAGUCUUCUUCAGGCAUCUUAGAAGUCCUGCACUGCAUCCUAAUCGAGAGCCCUGAGGCGCUCAAUAUCAUCCAGAAAGGACACAUUAAGUCCAUCAUAUCGCUGCUCUACAAGCAUGGUCGCAACCACAAGAUUCUGGAUGUGCUCUGUUCGCUGUGUGUGUGUAACGGUGUAGCUGUGCGAACCAAUCAGAACCUCAUUUGCGACCACUUGCUACCCAAAAGAGAUCUGCUUUUGCAAAGCCAGCUUGUCAAUGAUGUCCAGAGCAUGAGACCAAACAUUUUCCUGGGGGUCAGUGAGGGCUCUGCUCAGUAUAAAAAGUGGUACUACGAGCUCAUGAUUGACCAGGUGGACCACUUUGUGACCAGCGAGCCCUCUCACCUGAGAGUGGGCUGGGCCAACACCAAAGGUUACGCACCCUAUCCUGGAGGAGGGGAGGGCUGGGGGGGCAAUGGAGUUGGGGAUGACCUCUACUCGUUUGGCUUUGAUGGGCUCCACCUCUGGUCAGGUCGUAUCCCGCGGGCUGUUGCGUCUGUGAACCAGCAUAUCCUGACUUCGGAGGAUGUGGUGAGCUGUUGUCUGGACCUGGGAGCUCCCAGCAUCUCCUUUAGGAUAAACGGACAGCCGGUCCAGGGCAUGUUUGAAAAUUUUAACACAGACGGACUAUUUUUCCCCGUCGUCAGCUUCUCAGCAGGGAUCAAGGUACGCUUCCUGUUGGGUGGCCGACAUGGUGACUUUAAGUUCCUGCCCCCGUCAAGCUAUGCUCCGUGUUAUGAGGCUUUGCUACCAAAAGAGAAGAUGAGGGUGGAGCCGGUGAAAGAGUACAAAAGAGACAUGGAGGGAGUCCGGGAUCUGCUAGGAACCACCCAGUUUACCUCUCAGGCCUCCUUCAUUCCCACUCCUGUGGAGACAAGCCAGGUUGUCAUGCCACCUCACUUGGAGAAAGUUCGAGACAAGCUGGCUGAAAACAUCCAUGAACUGUGGGGCAUGAAUAAAAUUGAGUUGGGAUGGACUUACGGGAAGAGGAUUAGAGAUGAUAACAAAAGACAUCAUCCAUGCCUUGUUGAUUUCUCCAAGCUGCCAGAAACAGAGAAGAACUACAACCUGCAGAUGUCAACAGAAACUCUGAAGACCCUUCUAGCAUUAGGUUGUCGUAUUGUUCAGGUGAACCCAAAUGCAGAGGACUCCCUCAAAAAAAUAAAAUUACCCAAGAACUACAUGAUGUCCAACAGCUAUAAACCAUCCCCUCUGGACCUUUCCAGCAUCAAACUGACACCUGGUCAGGAGUUGCUAGUGGACAAACUAGCAGAGAAUGCACACAAUGUUUGGGCCAAAGACCGCAUCAAGCAGGGGUGGACUUAUGGCAUUCAGCAGGACCUGAAGAGCAAGCGUAACCCUCGUCUGGUUCCCUAUGUGCUGCUGGAUGAGCGCACCAAGAAGUCCAACAGGGACAGCCUGCGGGAGGCCAUCCGCACCCUGAUUGGUUAUGGAUACAACAUAGAGCCCUCAGACCAGGAAGGCGGCCAAGUGGCUGAACGACUCAGCAUCGAUAAGAUUCGCUUCUUCAGAGUCGAAAGGACAUACGCGGUGAAGACGGGGAAGUGGUACUUUGAAUUUGAAGCUGUCACUGGGGGAGACAUGCGAGUUGGCUGGGCCAGGCCCGGAUGCAAACCUGAUGUAGAGCUCGGUACGGAUAAGCUUGCUUUCGUCUUCGAUGGAUUCAGGGGCCACUGUCUAAACAUGGGUAGCAGGCUGUUCGGGCGCUGCUGGCACGCUGGGGAUGUGGUCGGCUGCAUGAUCAACAUGGAGGACAAGUCUAUGAUUUUUACCCUUAAUGGAGAGAUCCUGAUCACCACCAAGGGCUCUGAACUCUGUUUUACUGACUUUGAAACUGAGGAUGGGUUUAUUCCAGUCUGCAGUCUCAGCCUGGCUCAGGUGGGGCGCAUGAAUCUGGGGAAAGAUGCUAGCACCUUUAAAUACUAUACCACAUGUGGCCUGCAAGAGGGAUUCGAACCAUUUGCAGUCAACAUGAACCGGGAGGUCACAAUGUGGUUCAGCAAGCGUCUGCCUACUUUUGUCAAUGUGCCGAAGGACCACAACCACAUCGGAGUGACCAGGAUCGACGGCACCAUCGACAGCCCCCCGUGUCUAAAGGUCACCCACAAGACAUUUGGAAACCAGAACAGUACUGCUGACAUGGUGUUCUGCCGUCUCAGCAUGCCGGUAGAGUUCCACUCGUUCUUCAAGCAGAGUCCUGUGACAGACAUAAACGGCGUGCAUGAAGAGGAUUUGCUCAAAGUUAAACACAGAUAUCCAUUGAGAUCAGUGCGACACAGUGAAGAAAGUAGACGUGUUGACUACAGCAGCAUCACCACGUACUACCACUCAGUGAGAAUCUUUGCCGGCCAAGACCCUUCCAGUGUGUGGGUUGGAUGGGUUACCCCCGACUAUCACUACUAUAGCAACAAUUUCAGCCUCUUCAAGAACAGAACAGUGACUGUAACCCUGGGUGAUGAACGUGGACGAGUUCAUGAAAGUGUGAAGAGGAGUAACUGCUACAUGGUGUGGGGUGGUGACGUGACCAGUUCUGCACACGCCUCCGGCCGCAGCAACGUUGACCUGACGAUUGGCUGUUUCAUAGACCUGGCCACGGGCCUGGUGACCUUCACUGUCAAUGGAAAGGAGAUAUCCACAUCCUACCAGGUUGAACCAAACACCAAGCUGUUCCCCGCUGUCUUUGUCCGACCCACCAGCCCAAACCUCUUUCAGUUUGAGCUUGCAAAAAUAAAGAAUGCGAUGCCUCUGUCGUCAGCCGUCUUUAAGAGCGAACUCAAGAACCCCGUGCCCCAGUGUCCGCCCCGGCUGGACGUCCAGACCAUCAAUGCAGUGCUGUGGAGCCGCAUGCCCAACAUCUUCCUCAAAGUGGAAACAUCCAGAGUGAACGAGAGGCAAGGCUGGGCGGUUCAGUGCGUGGAGCCCCUUCAGAUGUUGGCAGUUCACAUACCCGAGGAGAACAGGUGUGUCGACAUUAUGGAGCUGUCAGAGCAGGAGGACCUGAGGACGUUCCACUACCACACCCUGAAGCUCUACUGCGCCCUCUGCGCCCUGGGAAACACCCGCGUUGCCCACGCCCUCUGCAGCCACGUGGACCAGUCGCAGCUCUUAUACACCAUCGAUAACCAGUACCUCUCUGGCAUGUUACGGGAGGGCUUCUACAAUGUUCUGAUCAGCAUCCACUUGGAGACGGCCAAGGAGGCCAGGCUCAUGAUGAAGGAUGAGUUCAUCAUUCCAGUCACAGCGGAGACGCGCUCAAUCCGUCUGUUUUCCAGUGCUUCUAAAAAGCACAGCCUGCCAGGGGUGGGGCUCAGCACCUCCCUAAAGCCCCGCCUCAACUUUACCCCACCAUGCUUCAUCAGCACCAAGAGGGAUUAUCUGUUCAGUCCCCAAAUCCCACUGGAUGCACUUAAGGAAAAGGCGAUUUUAAUGCUGACAGAAGCCGUUCAAGGCGGCGGGCACCACAUCCGAGAUCCUGUCGGAGGAGGCGUGGAGUAUCAGUUUGUGCCGAUCCUGAAGCUCAUUAGCACCUUGCUGACAAUGGGAGUUUUGGGUAGUGAGGAUGUCCAAAAGAUUUUACUUCUCAUCGACCCAAAUGUGUUCAGAGAUACACGUCAGGAAGGGGCUGCAGGGCCCACGGACAAAGAGGGACUCACUGGGGCCGAGGGCAAGGCGGUUGAAGCAGGAGAAGAGGAGGCAGCCAAGGAGGCCAAACAGCCGGUGAAGGGACUCCUGGAGAAGAGGCUCCCAGAGCCUGUCAAGCGACUGAUGUGUGAGCUGCUUCAUUAUUUCUGCGACUGCGAGCUGAAGCACCGCAUCGAGGCCAUUGUGUCGUUUUCAGACAGCUUUGUCUCUAAACUGCAGCACAACCAGAAGUUCCGCUACAAUGAGCUCAUGCUGGCCCUCAAUAUGUCUGCGGCUGUCACGGCAAAGAAGACAAAAGAGUUCAGAUCGCCUCCCCAGGAGCAGAUCAACAUGCUGCUGACUUUCAGUAUAGGAGACGACUGUCCGUGUCCUUCAGGAAUACAGGAGGAGCUGUAUAGCUUCCACAACCAGCUUCAGCUCCACUGUGGAAUCCCGAUGGAGGAAGAUGAAGACGAUCGGGAUACAUCCAUCAAAGGUCGCCUCCUUAUGCUGGUGAACAAGAUUAAAAGCCAGUCUUACAAAGCACAAGAGCCCACAGAGAAGAAACAAGCUGCACCAUCUAAUCUGAAGGAGCUCAUCUCUCAGACGAUGGUCAGCUGGGCCCAGGAGUGUCACAUCCAAGACCCCAAACUGGUUCGCAAGAUGUUCAGCCUGCUGAGGAGGCAGUAUGACAGCAUCGGGGAGCUUCUCCGGGCAAUGAGGAAGACCUACACCAUCAGUGCCGCCUCGGUUCAGGACACCAUCAACCUCCUGGCCUCCCUCGGUCAGAUCAGGUCUCUACUGUCUGUCCGCAUGGGGAAAGAGGAGGAGAAGCUCAUGAUUGAUGGACUCAGUGACAUUAUGAACAACAAGGUGUUUUACCAGCACCCCAAUCUGAUGAGAAUACUGGGGAUGCAUGAAACUGUAAUGGAGGUCAUGGUGAAUGUGCUUGGAGGAGACAAGUCUCAGGAAAUUGCCUUUCCUAAAAUGGUGGCCAGUUGUUGUCGCUUCCUGUGCUACUUCUGCCGGAUCAGCCGUCAGAACCAGAAAGCCAUGUUUGACCACCUCAGCUAUUUGUUGGAGAACAGUAGCGUGGGGCUGGCUUCACCAGCAAUGAGAGGAUCUACUCCUCUAGAUGUAGCUGCAUCAUCUGUAAUGGAUAACAACGGCCUGGCUCUGGCACUGGAGGAACCUGAUCUGGACAAGGUGGUCACUUAUCUGGCUGGAUGUGGUCUACAGAGCUGUCCGAUGCUUCUGGCUAAAGGCUAUCCAGACAUUGGCUGGAACCCCAUCGAAGGAGAGCGUUAUCUCUCCUUCUUGCGCUUUGCGGUCUUUGUCAACGGAGAGAGCGUGGAGGAGAACUCAAGUGUUGUGGUCAAGUUGCUCAUCCGUCGUCCAGAGUGUUUUGGGCCUGCCCUAAGAGGAGAGGGUGGAAAUGGCCUGCUGGCUGCGAUGAAGGAGGCCAUUAAGAUCUCUGAGACUCCGGCUUUGGACCUACCGGGCUCUGUGCACCGAGUCAGCUCUGAUCUGUCUGCUGAUGGUGAUGACGAAGAGGAGGUGGUCCACAUGGGCAAUGCCAUCAUGUCGUUCUACUCUGCCCUCAUAGACCUGCUGGGACGCUGUGCCCCCGAGAUGCACCUCAUCAACAAGGGAAAAGGCGAAGCUCUGCGCAUUCGAGCCAUACUACGUUCUCUCGUGCCCACCGAGGACCUUGUAGGAAUUAUCAGCAUUCCCCUCAAAACACCCAUUCUCAAUAAAGACGGAUCAAUGACUGAGCCUGACAUGUCGGCAAGCUUCUGUCCAGACCACAAAGCCCCCAUGGUGCUGUUUUUAGACAGGGUCUACGGUAUUGAAGACCAAAGCUUUCUGCUUCAUCUGCUCGAAGUUGGCUUCCUCCCCGACCUGAGGGCAGCCACCACUCUGGAUACGGAGGUCCUCUGCACUACUGAGACCGCCCUGGCUAUGAAUCGCUACAUCGGCUCCGCGAUGCUUCCCCUCCUAACCCGCUGCGCGCCUCUCUUUGCCGGCACCGAGCACCACGCCACCCUCAUCGACUCCACCCUGCACACUAUCUACCGGCUCUCCAAGGGCCGCUCACUGACCAAGGCACAGAGGGACGCCAUAGAAGAGUGCCUGCUGUCUAUUUGCAAACACCUCCGUCCCUCCAUGCUGCAGCAGCUCCUGCACCGUCUCGUCUUUGAUGUGCCCUUGCUGACUGAAUACUGCAAGAUGCCUCUAAGGCUUCUAACCAACCACUACGAGCAGAACUGGAAGUACUACUGCCUUCCCUCGGGAUGGGGCAGCUUCGGCACAGCAUCUGAAGAUGAACUGCUGCUCACCAAAAGGAUCUUCUGGGGGGUGUUUGAUUCUCUGUCCCAGAGGAAGUAUGACCCAGAGUUAUUUAAGAUGGCCAUGCCUUGUCUCAGUGCAAUAGCUGGAGCUUUGCCACCAGACUAUGUGGAUGCCUCCAUUAGCACGGCCGUUGAAAAGCCUGUUUCUGUGGAUGCUCAGGGCAACUUUGACCCCAAACCCAUCAAUACUGCUAACAUUGUGUUACCGGAAAAGCUGGAACAUUUCGCCAACAAAUAUGGCGAGCACUGCCACGAGAAAUGGUCUGCAGAGAAGGUGCUCCUGGGGUGGAAAUAUGGGGACUGUGUGGAUGAAAAAGCGAAAACUCACCCUCAGUUAAGGACUUACAAGGCCCUGACAGAAAAGGAGAAGGAGAUUUACAGACUGCCGAUUAGGGACUCGCUGAAAAGCAUGCUGGCCAUGGGCUGGACCGUUGACAGGACAAAGGAUGGGGAAUGCAUGUCACUGCAAAGGGAAAAUGAGAAAAUGAGGAAAAUAUCCCAAGCUUCUCAGGCUAAUGGCUUUAAUCCCAGCCCGAUAGACACGAGCAAUGUGAUUUUGUCCAGAGAACUGCAGGGGAUGGUGGAAGUAAUUGCUGAGAAUUACCAUAACAUCUGGGCUAAGAAGAAGAAAAGUGACCUUGGAAGCAGAGGAGGAGGAACACAUCCUCUGCUGGUGCCGUAUGACACACUGACAGCCAAGGAGAAGGCCCGUGAUCGAGAGAAGGCCCUGGACCUUUUUCGCUUCCUGCAAAUCAAUGGCUACAGCAUCACAAGAGGGUUGAAGGACCUAGAACAGGAUUCCUCUUCCAUGGAAAAAAGGUUUUCCUAUAAAUUCCUCAAGAAGCUGCUGAAGUACGUCGAUUCAGCCCAGGACUUCAUCGCCCACUUAGAGGCAAUGGCUGCCAGCGGAAAAACAGACCGGUCACCUCAUGAACAAGAAAUCAAGUUUUUUGCCAAAGUUCUUCUCCCACUCAUCGAUCAAUACUUCAAGAACCACUCUCUGUAUUUCCUCUCCUCUCCCAACAAGAAUCUAAGCAGCAGUGGUUACGCCUCUAACAAAGAGAAGGAGAUGGUUGCCAGCCUUUUUUGCAAACUGGCAGCUCUUGUCAGACAUAGGAUUUCUCUUUUUGGGAGUGACUCCACCACCAUGGUCAGCUGUCUGCACAUCCUGGCACACACUCUGGACACCAGGACAGUGAUGAAGUCAAGCUCGGAGCAGGUCCGGGUGGGGCUAAGGACGUUCUUCGAGAACGCAGCAGAGGACCUGGAAAAGACCUUUGAGAACCUGAAGCUGGGGAAGUUCACUCACUCUCGCUCACAGAUGAAAGGCGUGUCGCAGAAUAUCAACUACACCACGGUGGCUUUGCUUCCCAUCCUAACUGCUCUGUUUGAGCACAUCACUCAGCACCACUUUGGAAUAGAUCUGCUUUUGGAUGAUGUCCAAGUGUCCUGCUAUAGAAUCCUGACCAGCCUCUAUGCACUUGGCACUGGGAAGAACAUCUACGUAGAAAGGCAGCUGCCAGCUCUCGGUCAGUGUCUGGCCACUCUGGCUGGCGCCAUGCCUGUAGCCUUCCUGGAGCCAAAGCUCAACACGCACAACCCCAGCUCUGUUUUUAAUACCAAGAGUGCCAGAGAUCGAGCUGUCUUGGGAAUACGAGAGUCGGUUGAGGAGAUGUGUCCAGGAAUGCCGCGGCUUGAUGGGCUUAUGAAAGACAUCAAUGACAUGGCAGACUCCGGAGCGCGGUACACUGAAAUGCCCCACGUCAUUGAGGUGGUGCUGCCCAUGCUGUGCAACUAUUUGUCCUACUGGUGGGAGAAGGGCCCUGAAAAUCAGGCUGUCAGUGUUGGAAGCAUUUGCUGCACUACUGUCACCUCCGAGCAUCUCAGCCUCAUUCUCGGCAACAUCCUCAAGAUCCUCAAUAACAAUCUGGGCAUUGACGAGGCCUCAUGGAUGAAGAGAAUUGCAGUCUAUGUGCAACCCAUCAUCAGUAAGGCCCGCGCAGACCUGCUGAAGAGCCACUUCCUGCCCACCUUGGAGAAACUAAAGAAGAAGACUGUGAAAGUUGUGGCUGAAGAGGAGCUUCUGAAGGCGGACUGUAAAGGAGACACUCAGGAGGCUGAGCUGCUUAUUUUAGAUGAGUUUGCUGUGCUCUGCAGGGAUCUCUAUGCAUUCUACCCCAUGCUUAUCCGCUAUGUGGACAACAACAGGUCUAGGUGGCUGAAAGAACCAGAUUCAGACUCCAAUGAGCUCUUCAGAAUGGUCGCAGAGAUUUUCAUCCUCUGGUGCAAGUCACAUAAUUUUAAGAGAGAAGAGCAAAACUUUGUGGUGCAGAACGAAAUCAACAACCUUUCUUUCUUGACCGGAGACAAUAAAACAAAGAUGUCAAAGUCCUUUAAGGAAAAGUCUGGAGGACAAGACCAGGAGAGGAAACAUAAGAAGAGGCGCGGCGAGUUUUACUCCAUUCAGACGUCACUGAUCGUCGCUGCUCUGAAGAAGAUGCUGCCAAUCGGUCUCAACAUGUGCACCCCUGGGGAUCAGGAGCUGAUUUCUCUCGCCAAGACCCGCUACCUCAUGAAAGAUACAGAUGAGGAGGUUAAGGACCACAUACGUCAAAAUCUGCACCUUCGAGAAAAGUCAGAGGACCCUGCUGUGCGGUGGCAACUGAACCUUUAUAAGGACAUUGUGAUGAGGAUUGAGAGCCCACCUGAUCCUGAACGAGUGGUCGAUCGAAUCCAAAGGAUUUCUGCUGCCAUCUUUAACCUGGAACAGGUGGAGCAGCCACUGAGAUCCAAGAAGUGCGUGUGGCAGAAGUUGCUCUCGAAACAGAGGAAGCGAGCGGUUGUUGCCUGCUUCCGAAUGGCCCCGCUUUAUAAUCUACCAAGGCACAAAAAUAAUAAUUACUUCAUGAAUUCCUACCGACACAUUUGGUUGGAGAUAAUGCAUGAGAACACAGACUAUGACAGUCUGCUCUCAGUGCUGACGAAAACACAGCCCAAAGUGGAAGAAGAGGAAGAGGAGGAGGUCCGAAAGCAACCAGAUCCUUUACACCAGCUCAUCCUUCAUUUCAGCCACAACGCUCUGACCGAAUGCAGUUCAUUGGAAGAAGACCCCUUGUAUAUCGCUUAUGCUGAUAUGAUGGCGAAGAGUUGUGCUGAAGGUGAAGAGGAAGAAGAGGGAAAAGAGAAAACAUUCGAGGAAAAAGAAAUGGAGAAACAAAAGAUGCUGUAUCAGCAAGCCCGACUGCACGAUCGAGGAGCAGCGGAGAUGGUUCUUCAAAUGAUUAGUGCCAGCAAAGGUCGACUUGGUGCCACCGUGACUUUCACCCUCAAACUGGGCAUCUCCGUCCUCAACGGUGGAAACAUUCUGGUCCAGCAAAAAAUGCUGGAUUAUCUCAAGGAAAAAAGAGACGUGGGGUUUUUCAAAAGUUUGUCCGGACUGAUGAUGUCCUGCAGUGUCCUGGAUUUGAAUGCAUUUGAAAGGCAAAAUAAAGCCGAAGGCCUGGGGAUGGUUACUGAAGAGGGAUCAAUCAACGUGAGUGAGCGGGGUUCCAAGGUUCUGCAAAAUGACGAGUUCACUAAGGAUCUCUUUAGGUUUCUGCAACUGCUCUGUGAGGGUCAUAAUAAUGAUUUUCAGAAUUUCCUGAGGACCCAGACAGGAAAUACCACCACAGUCAAUAUCAUCAUAAGCACAGUUGACUACCUGCUGAGACUCCAGGAAUCCAUCAGCGAUUUCUACUGGUACUAUUCUGGUAAGGAUAUCAUUGACGAAGCUGGCCAGAGGAACUUCUCUAAAGCGCUGUCGGUCGCCAAACAGGUGUUCAACUCUUUGACAGAGUAUAUACAGGGACCAUGCAUAGGCAAUCAGCAGAGUCUGGCUCACAGCAGGCUGUGGGAUGCAGUCGUGGGCUUCUUGCACGUCUUCGCCAACAUGCAGAUGAAGUUAUCCCAGGACUCCAGUCAGAUUGAAUUACUGAAGGAGCUCCUGGACCUGCAGCAGGACAUGAUCGUCAUGAUGCUCUCGCUUCUAGAAGGUAAUGUUGUCAAUGGAACGAUUGGCAAGCAGAUGGUGGACACCUUGGUGGAGUCUUCAAGCAAUGUGGAGAUGAUCUUGAAGUUUUUUGACAUGUUCCUCAAGCUGAAGGACUUGACGACUUCAGACAGCUUUAAGGAGUACGACUCCGAGAGUAAAGGGGUCAUCUCCAAGAAGGAUUUUCAGAAGUCCAUGGAGAACCAGAAGCAGUAUUCUCAGUCUGAAAUUGAGUUUCUUCUCUCCUGUGCUGAGGCGGAUGAGAACGACAUGUUCAGCUACAAGCAAUUUGUGGAGAGAUUUCACGAACCAGCAAAGGACAUUGGCUUCAAUGUAGCCGUGCUGCUCACCAACCUCUCAGAGCAUAUGCCCCACGACGCUCGUCUGUCGACGUUCCUUAACCUGGCUGAAAGCGUCCUCAGCUACUUUGAGCCUUUCUUGGGUCGCAUCGAGAUCAUGGGCGGAGCCAAGCGAAUCGAAAGGGUCUACUUUGAGAUCAGCGAGUCAAGUCGGACGCAGUGGGAAAAGCCUCAGGUGAAAGAGUCGAAGCGGCAGUUCAUCUUCGAUGUGGUCAAUGAGGGCGGGGAGAGCGAGAAGAUGGAGCUGUUCGUCAACUUCUGUGAGGACACCAUCUUUGAGAUGCAGCUGGCUUCUCAGAUUUCAGAGCCGGAUCCCGUCGAGCGUUCCGACGAAAACGAGGACGAGAGCCAGAGUGUGGUGGAGAACCAGGAGGAGGAAGAAGAGGAGAACGUUAUGAUGGAGUCUUCCUCAGCAUUCACGAUUGCCUGCGUCUCACUGAGAAAGAGCCUGAGUCACUUCCGACAGUUACUCACGCUGAAGAGCAUGAAGCGUCAGUACAGGAGAUUCAGGAAGAUGAGUGUAAGGGAGAUGGUGAGGGGCUUCUUCUCUUUUUUCUGGAUGAUCAUCAUCGGUCUCUUCCACUUCAUCUACAGCGUGGUUUGGGGUUUCUUCCACAUCUUGUGGACCACUAUGUUCGGGGGUGGCCUGGUCGAAGGGGCUAAGAAUAUGAAGGUGACGGACAUUUUGGGAAACAUGCCGGACCCCACUCAGUUUGGGAUCCAUGGCGAUGUGUUGGAAACGGAAAAGAUGGAAGCCAACGAUGCAUCGGCUUUGGAGGAGAUGGGUCAGAUGUCUCAGGGCGACGCAGCAGAGGCUGACCUGAUGGAAGAACUGCUGAGCAUACAGCCGAAGAGGGAGGGCAAGCAUGGGGCUGAGCCAGGUUUGGGGGACGUAUCGGAGGUGGUGGUGGGAGAUGCUCCAUCCAUAGCCAGUGCCGUCAGGCAGAAGAAGGCACAGAUGGCAGCAAAGAAAAACACUUCAAAUGGAGACUACAAAUCAGACUCAGAGAAGGGAGAAAUUUAUGUUCGCAGUUCAGAGGAUGGUGAGAAAAAGGACCAUGACAAGGCCAAGGAUGACGCUCCUCCACAACCUCCAGGGGAGGAGCGGAGAGCCCCAAAGAAGAGGCUCGGCCCGAGGAAAGAACCUCCAGAGGCCUUCAUGGCCAGCUUUCUGGCUGGCUUAGAAAUCUACCAGACUAAGAUGCUGAACUAUCUGGCUAGAAAUUUCUACAACUUGCGCUUCUUGGCACUUUUUGUUGCCUUUGCGAUCAACUUCAUACUUCUGUUCUACAAGGUGACCGGUGAUUACUCCGAGGAUGAAGACCCCUGGACCCGCAGAGGCAGAGUCGGAGAGGAGGAGGAUGAAGGAGCGCUCGAGUACUUCGUCCUGCAGGAAAGCACUGGUUACAUGGCCCCAACACUUUGCUGUUUGGCAAUACUACAUACCAUCAUAUCAUUCCUGUGUGUAGUGGGAUACUAUUAUUUGAAGGUGCCUCUGGUCGUGUUUAAGCGGGAAAAGGAAAUAGCGAGAAAGUUGGAGUUUGCAGGCCUCUAUAUCACCGAGCAGCCAUCUGAUGACGACAUUAAAGGACAGUGGGACAGACUGGUCAUCAAUACCCCCUCCUUUCCCAACAACUACUGGGAUAAAUUUGUCAAACGCAAAGUGAUAAAGAAGUACGGAGACCUGUAUGGAGCAGAGAGGAUAGCAGAGCUGCUGGGGCUGGACAAGAGUGCUCUGGAUUUUAACCCCACAGAGGAAACGGUUGCCAAGGAGGCGUCGCUAGUGUCUUGGCUGAGCUCCAUCGAUACAAAAUAUCACGUCUGGAAAAUGGGGGUGGUGUUUACAGACAACUCAUUCCUGUAUCUUGUUUGGUACACCACCAUGUCCAUUCUGGGGCACUACAACAACUUCUUCUUCGCUGCCCAUCUGCUGGACAUUGCCAUGGGUUUCAAGACCCUCCGCACAAUCCUCUCGUCUGUCACUCAUAAUGGCAAACAGCUGGUGUUGACAGUGGGCCUGCUGGCAGUCGUGGUCUAUCUCUAUACUGUGGUGGCCUUUAACUUCUUCAGGAAGUUCUACAACAAGAGCGCAGAUGACGAUGAGCCAGACAUGAAGUGUGAUGACAUGAUGACGUGCUACUUGUUCCACAUGUAUGUUGGGGUGAGAGCUGGAGGUGGCAUCGGGGAUGAAAUCGAGGACCCGGCGGGCGACCCAUAUGAGCUUUACCGCAUCCUUUUUGACAUCACAUUCUUCUUCUUCGUCAUUGUUAUCCUGCUGGCUAUCAUUCAGGGUUUGAUCAUCGAUGCCUUUGGAGAGCUGAGAGACCAGCAGGAACAAGUCAAAGAGGACAUGGAGACCAAAUGUUUUAUUUGUGGCAUUGGUAACGACUACUUUGACACAACGCCCCAUGGCUUCGAGACACACACCUUGCAAGAGCACAAUUUGGCCAACUACCUGUUUUUCCUGAUGUACCUUAUCAAUAAGGAUGAAACAGAGCACACUGGCCAGGAGUCCUAUGUGUGGAAGAUGUAUCAGGAGCGCUGCUGGGAUUUCUUCCCGGCUGGAGAUUGUUUCCGGAAGCAGUACGAAGACCAGCUUGGAUAGAGAAGAUGCAUUUUCCUCUCCUCUAUCCAGACAGAUAGAACACACACACCGACUCAACCCAGCAUUGUUUUGGAUAUGUUUGACAGGAAACUUAGAAAAAUGUUUUUAUUAAAAACAAUAGACAGGAGGAGGUCAUGUUGAUCGUCACUGUUGGUACAGAAAAAGAAAAUGGACCUCGGACUUAGUCAGAUUUAUUUGAUCUGUUUUAGAUUCUGGACAUGUUUUUGACGUCUGUUGCCUUUUCAACAAAGUAACCCCAAUUUAUUGCACAAUUCUUUUUAUAUUAUUAUUUAUUUAUAGUGUUUUUGAAAAAAAAUAGUGGGUGUUUGGGGUUAUCAGACAAUGUGUCAGUCAAUAUUAUGCACAAUGUAUGAAUGUCGAACAUGAGACUUAAUGCCAAAAGAAAAGCAAAGAAGUAUAGUAUACUUAGUGGGAAAAAAAUGUAUUAAAGAAAAGUUUUAAUCAGAUGUUGUAACAUUGCAUAUUAAAGUGACGUCUCUAGAAAGAAGUGGCAAAAGGUACAUAAAAUGCCUAAAACUCUUACGAAGUGCCUUACAGUACUGUAUCUACAUUACAAUGAAGCUAUGCAAAACCUUUAUUUUUUUCUUUAUUGUAUGUAAUAGAAUAGUCUAACUGGAACGGUAAUCUGUUAACUGGCCAGGUACAGUAUGUAGUUUGUGGUUGAACAUGCAAGAAAAAUGUUGGUAUUUCCUAUUUUGUUGCUGAAUGCAGCAUAACUUCAAAAGUUCAAGAUACAGUGUAAAAACAACAAAUGGAAUAAACCGAUCACCCCUCAAACAUGGAAAAAAAAUAUAUAAAAAAUAAUGAACUGCUAUUGUAUGGCGAUUUGUAUGUAAUAGCUUUGCUGAUCUGUGCAUUUCUUUUGAUGGAAAAGAAAUAAAUUGUUGAAGAACUAA